AUGGCUCCCAAGAUCGCUAUCGUCUACUACUCCAUGUACGGCCACAUCAAGCAGAUGGCCGAGGCUGAGAAGGCCGGCAUUGAGAAGGCCGGCGGUACCGCCGACCUUUUCCAGGUCCCCGAGACCCUCCCCGAGGAGGUCCUCGCCAAGAUGCACGCUCCUCCCAAGCCCACCGACGUCCCUACCCUAAACGACCCUUCCGUCCUUGAGGGUUACGAUGCCUUCCUCCUCGGUAUCCCCACCCGUUACGGAAACUUCCCCGCCCAGUGGAAGGCUUUCUGGGACCAGACUGGCAAGCAGUGGGCUUCCGGUGGUUUCUGGGGCAAGAUGGCCGGCAUCUUCGUCUCUACCGCCUCCCAGGGUGGUGGUCAGGAGACCACUGCUCAGAACGCCAUCUCUACCCUCACUCACCACGGCAUCAUCUACGUUCCCUUCGGUUACGCCAAGGCUUUUGGUACCCUGACUGACCUCUCUGAGGUUCGCGGUGGUAGCGCCUGGGGUGCCGGUACCUUCGCUGGUGGUGACGGUUCUCGUCAACCCUCGGCCAAGGAGCUCGAGCUCGCUCAGGUCCAGGGAGAGCACUUCUACCAUACCGUGGCCAAGUUCUCCGGUUGA